AUGGCGUGGAAAGCCGCUUUGAAGAAUGCUCAUGAGAUGAGGAUUGAACACUUUUACAAAAUGGGCCAGGUACUUGGUGAGGGAGCUUUUGCACAAGUUCGCAUCGGUGAAGACUCCACUACAAAAGAACAGUUUGCAAUCAAGAUUAUAAACAAGGAGUCGUACGACGUUCGCGAAAUGCAGUUUAUCAUGCGGGAAGUCAAGAUUAUGAUGAGGAUUGCGCAUGACAACAUUGUCAACACCUUUGACAUUUUUGAUUCAAUGAAAUAUUUGCACCUCGUUAUCGAGUAUAUGCAGGGCGGCGAGCUUUUCGACAUCAUCGCCGAUCAGGGCCAUUUAUCAGAACAGCGCGCUUCCCAGAUUAUCCGCCAAAUCAUCAAAGGUGUCGAAUAUUUACACGACGUUGGCGUCGUCCAUUGCGAUAUCAAACCAGAAAACAUUCUUUGCAAGAGCAAAACAUGGCCUUUACAAGUCAAACUAUGCGAUUUUGGUUUGGCAAACUUUUACGACAAGUAUAGCACAUCUUCCAUGACUGCCAUGAUUGGAACUCCUGGUUAUGUUGCGCCAGAAGUCGUCCAACGAAAACCUUAUGGGCCACCAGUUGACAUGUGGGCCUGUGGUGUUGUGCUUUACGUCAUGCUCAGUGGACGAAUGCCUUUCUACGGAAAAGAUGACAUUGCUUGCCUGCGAAUGACAGCGACCGGUGAAUUUUCGUUUCCAGAUCGCGAGUGGAAGGACAUCAGUGAGGAUGCAAAAUCACUCGUACGUGCUCUAUUGCAGAUAAGCCCAGAAAAGCGAUUGACGGCCUGUGCUGCAUUGCAACACAGGUGGCUAGUGACACCACAGAACCUCAGUGACAAGCUGUUGGAGAAUGACCUCACCCAUAUUCAUUCUAAGACUCGAAAGAAAUUCAGAAAGGCUAUUUACACAAUACAGUCGAUGAACCUCAUGCGGGACUUGACAAAGAACGUGUCGCAGAGUAAGACAAACGAAAGCCCAGGCAGGUCCGGCUCGACAAACGUGGAUAUGGACGAGGGCUAAAUGGUCCAGUCAAUAUUUGCAUGUUGCAUGUGUACUUCAUUAUCAACCACGUAUCCUUGUGUGUAUUUGUGUAUCUUUUAAGCAAGUGCGUUGACGUUAUGCUACACGUAUGUGUCUGCACGUAUGUGUCUGCGUGUGUGGGUACGUGUCGUCCUGGAAGUGAUAUAGUAAGAAUGGUGCACCCACAACAAAUAUAUCUGCUCAAUCUUCCCACCUCUGGCCAGGGCCAUGUUCAGUUUGUUUCUCUUCUUCAUUGCUUUUCUUACUCUCGUUUCUGUUUUCGUAUGCAGUUUCGGAGUUAACCCACGUAAAUCUGCGCUCAAGGGGUUAGCCUCCCUCUGGCAGUUCAAAAUUGACAUGAAACCCAUCACUGAGUAUUGCCAAUACAGAGAUGAUGCCGCUAUUGUCUUCAUUUCUCG